UGUGACUGUGGCGGAGAGGUUUAAACGGAUUUCGCAGGAAAAAGCUAUUCUCGAUGACGAAAUCGCACCAAGUGCGUCUCUGGGUCACUUCGAUGCGAAGCUGUUCGGAAAGCUGGAAGAUAUCAUGGCUGUUGGGACGCAGGGGAGCCGCGUUUCCGUGGCCGCGAAGAAAGCACGUCUGAGGGAGUCGUCGGAAAACAAAUCAGUGGACGUCGCUCUGCCUGGAGCGGGCGGCUCGUCAGUGGAAGAGGAAAAACGGAAAAGUAGCAAGGCACAGCGCAACAUCGUACCACGAAAGGAGGAAGAGCUCAAGAAAGACGUCGGGAACCUCUUGCGCAGGACCGCGCGGAAAAGCGCCGCCCAGGCUCAGACACGCAAAAGUGGGGCGAGUAGUUCCGGAAGCAGCCCAGAAAAGGUCCCGCGCGCAUUAGACGAGCACCAGAAGCGGCCGACAGGGAAUAAACAGGGAAGUGGUACAGCUCCACGCUCUGCUCUUGCAGGGAAGAAAGACGUCGCCGGAUCAUCUACUAGUCCACCACCAAUAAAGCCAGCGCGUAGCUCCGUGGGUGAGUCUUUGGACAUGCGCGCGACUACGAAAAUGGCCAGAAGAAUCCGGGAAGUGGAAGAGCAGCUACCCCAGUUGCUGCUUGACUGGCGCGACACCUGGCGCGCGCGCGAGGCGGCGCAGGCUUCGGGCAGAGAGGCGACUGUGGAAGAGAAGACUUUCGAACUCAGUAUUCUCCAACGCAUGCUCUCCGACAUACAACACACCCUUGCCGAGGCGAAGAACGCGACUGUGACGCUGUUUAACGCGGAACCUCUACUCCAGCGCAUUCGGAAGCUGGACGGAAAGCUCGUGGAAUAUCGGAGGGAUGAACUCAGCUACCUGGCAGCGCGAGCCGCAGACGAGGAGGAAAAGGAAGAGAUGGAGCGAAGAAAAAGCAACGAAGCUCAACAAGCUCCAGUUGAUGAAGGGGUUGGUGCACAAGAGGAAGCAAAGCCACCGGAAACUACAGGCCCCAAAAUCCCCCCUGAGAGUGAAACGGAGGCACGUCCGUCGCGCGUCAACCUCCGCAAUCUUAUGGGCAGAACCAGCGGCAGAGGGCAUCGGUUGAGCGGGAGACGGAAAAGCCGUUCCCCUACUGACGACACGAAAACUGGUGCACCAGCAGGGGGACAAGAGGAGAAUGCGAACCAGAAAGCCACGAGCAAGCGGGAAUCGAGCCGAAUUUCGGUGGAAAUGCGGAAAUUGCCGUCGAGCACCUACAGUACCAGACUUCGUUCGACCUAUGUGGGCAGUGACAGGAAUAAAACGGCGGAGAAUGCGCUCGGUUUGAGAGCUACAAAGCAAGCGGAAGCAGUAGCAGGACCACAGCCAGCCUCGGGGGAAGCCAGAAGUUCCUCGGUUAUGAGCGUGCCGAUGCGUCAAGCUUCAGUGUUGGAGCGCAAUUUUCAUUCAACUUAUGCUACGUCGGCGUCUGUGCGUUUUCCGUCGAGUUACGAGCCCGGAUUGCGUGAGACAGCAGCUUCCACCGCUGGAAGUACAUCGAUGUCGAUCGAGCAGCGAUAUCCAAGCGAUUACACGGAUCCAGGUUAUCGCCCGACGUCCACCAUGUCUUCGACGAUGCCGAGCAUGCGCGAAGUGCCAAAAAGUUCCGUUUCUGAAUUCCGAGCCAUGCCGACAGUUCACGAGGAGGACGCCACGGUCUUUCUUCCACCCGAUCUAUCUCCCCGUGACGCCUUGGGGAAUGCGCGAGAGGUGCUGACGCAACUGACGAACGAACAAAACAUGGCGAACGUCUUGACGAGCAGAGGAUCUUCUGCCACGACUGGAACGAGUGCGCCGCGGCCCUCGGAAGCGUCGCUCCAGGAGGCUUUCGUCGGUCUCUACAAAGAAUUGCGGGAUGACGAGACGCGGCGGAUAUUCCAGGAACUGAAGAAAGCGAUGCAAGACCGCGAGGACACGCUGUUGCAUAUGAGUUCCGCUGAGGAGGCGCGCUUUGCCAGUUUCGUCACCGCUUCACUGGAUACGCUGUGGGAGUCUAGCUCCCAAGCGGUUACCGUGCGCUCGUCGCUAGAGGUGAUUCGAACGUUUGCCCUGCGCCAGCCCCUCCCGGCGGUGCCACUGCGUACAGAAGCGGCGCCGCUGGGUUUCCGGGACGAUUUUGAUGCGAAGAAUCCUGACCCCGCGACGCAAGGCGCCCCUCCCUCCCUGCAAGUGCUACUCGAUCGCUUUCAUGCGGCCACGAGAAAUCUGGGAAAGGUUGGAUCAACCCGUGACGACGAGGACAAACGAGGAUUCGCGCCAUCAGCUCGUAACCGGCUCGGCGUCGUUGCCGCCACACGACAAAGCUUUUCGCGGCUGCACCGGAUGUGGGCGUCCGCUGUGCAACGGAGCUUCGGGUUUUUCGUUCGAGCGUUUAAUUGCCGUCUUGAGGGUGAUGACGGCGGGUUCUUGAUUUGCACUGUGCCACCAAGUACCAAGACCGCAGCGAGUGACGAGAAGCAUCCACCCUCGUCCCAACUACUUGCCGACAAAAGAGACCGAGAGCAGCGCGUCGCGGAGAUGCGGCUUCUCCGGGCCGUGAAUGAGGUGAAGGGCACUUUGGUGCCCAAUUUUCCGCUCACUGAAAAUGUGCUGGAUGCGCUCGGGAGUCCUCACGAUCCUGCAGCCCAAGAAAGUCACUUGCCGUCUUUGCGCAUACGAGCAGCUACAGCGAGCCUGAAUCGAAUGCUUUUGCUUGGACUUGAUUCGGAAAAGCAGCUGAAUGUCCUGGAUGCGAUCCAGGCGAUGCAGAAGGUCGCCGAGGACAGCCUGCCACUGUUAGAAAACAAAGCCGAAGCUGUCGACGCCGCACAACUCCUUCGCAACUACCUCGCAUUCGCGGAAAUGUGUCCUUUGGAAAAUCCGUUAUUGCAGUUGCAGUACUUAACCGAGACCCGCUUUCGGACGCUGCUAGAAUCUCAAUUGCUGCUCGGAACGACCGAGGUGGAAGCGUGUAAGAAGUUUACGAAGGUCCCGGUUUUUGAAAAAGGCGAGAACUUUCAGUUCGUCGUGGAAGUGCUGAAGCAAAACUCGACGGGCAUACAGCCCACCGCCUUAGGGAAGCCACGGAAACGCGAUACACGACGUGGGGGCGAAGACAGCAGUACCGGCAUCGGGGUCUUUUCGAUUUUGGAGCAUGAGGACCAGGCAAGUGACAGCGGGGGUGCAAAGCGCUCAAGCUUGAGCAAAUUCUUGCCCGAUGACAUGGACGACCUGAAAAAGCGGCGCUUAGAAGAGGACUCCGAGACCGAAUCGGAGGCGGACGAGCUAAAAGCGGACCGGGACAUUGAUGGCCACGUUUUGGCCAAACGCAUUGACGACGACUUUGCGGAUUUGUUGGAUCUCAACGGUCAGCGAUUGGAAGGCCAAAAGUUCGCGGCGCACAUCAUGGACCGCACCGGGCAGGCGCGCGCGGAGUUGCUACAUCGUCUCAGUCCUCAUCUUCACAAGAAGAGGGAAGGUUCAUCUGGUCACCAAAAUGUGGGACGCUCCUACGAGAACAACUCAUCUAAGCCGGAGUUGCUCGCAACCUACGACGACGUCGACGACAUUCUGGCCGUUCUUCUGCGCUGCAAGGAGGAGAGCCAGCUCUUUGUGCGGUUGAAGAAAAUCGUGCAUGCAAAGUUGGACAAGGUUGUGGAAGCCUUGGCAAAGAAGUCAAGUCAGGGGGUGAAGCUGGACCUACUAUUGGUCGAGGUGAUCCACGGCCUGAAUUUUGCCGCGGAGUACUUGCACGCAGUCGGGUCGGCGCUGAGCGAGGACUUGGCGAAAGUGAUUGCCGUUUUGCCACUGGAUCUGCGCGAGUACGUCGAAGGUGCCCAGAGGUCCGCAGAUCUGUUCUCUUUUCUCGACGAAUACGAGCUGCAGGCCCCCGAAAACGCGAAUUCCCUUUGCUUGGUUCUGACGAGAAAGCUUCGGGCCGAGAGCGGGCCACUUUCGCCAAGCGCGAGCGGGGGUGCUACUUCCAGCGUAACCGGUUCGAAGACGAGCUUUAUCAAGGACUCUACAGACGGUAGUCCCGUGGAUGAAGUCGCAUCACGCGGAGGCGAUGGACAAGUAGUAGGCCCGUCAGGAGCUCCUGCCCUCGCGACCGCGGCUGACAACCUCCUGUUCUACCCGGACCGAAGUCUGCUGUUUCGGGAGGACGAGCGGAUCGAACGACAACUGGAGGAAAUGGCAAAGAGGACGCUUCUGACUCAUGCACAGGUGCAGGACCUGGCCCGGAUUGCGCGGGAAACGAAACCCUUUCGCGCGUUUCCCGCGGGAAAAUCCAGACCGUUGUGGGAAGACCCAGCAGUGCUGGCCACUGUGGCGGGGGAAAACUUGCAGAAGAAGAUGCGCAUGACGUUCAAUUCCACCAAUUUGUUCGACGUCGUCGACGCGGCCGACGAAGCGAGGUCGCUUUUACCCCUGAGCGGCGUGGAGCGAGAGAACCAGGAGCUGCAGGAAACGCAGGCCGCACUGGAAGCGGAGCUGGCGGACUUGGAAACGGAACACCAAGAUUUCCUUUCCUCCGUGAUGUCAACGCGAUCCAGGCGCUCGAGACGAGAGUUGAAAGCAAUGUCACCGAUGCUCAGCUCGCCUGGACAGGCCAGUGAACAACAAGCUGAUGCAGACGGAACAACCCAACCAGCUUCCGACCAGAAGAAGCGCCGGCGCUCUUCCCUGAUCGCGUACAUCGACGGCGUCGGCCCAAAAAUCAGCCGCGACGCAGACGCUGACCUCUUUUCCGACGAAGACACGACGCUGCGGGACCGGGUUGCCGCAAAAUUGCGGAAACCCGGUAGGGAAUCGUAUUACGCGGCGCUGGUCCGCGAGGCGGACGAAGACGGCAAGCACCCGGCCAAGAGCGAUAAGAAGUUCGUUGCGUUUCUGCAGCGUGCCAGGCCGUACUUGGAAGAGCGGCUAGAGGAACUAGCGGAAGAGGGAGCCGAAAUUCAGGAUGAGAUGCAGGACCGAGCGGCAAGACUGCUGCGCGGGCUGGGCAAAGUGAAAGCGGAGCGCGGACGCAGGUCGCUCGAGGACGACAGCGAAGACGCGCAAGCGCAGCUGGAUCUGGGUUUGCUUUUCCCGGACAUGUACAUCAACGAAGUGGACAAAAACGGCAGAAUCUCUCCAAAACUCGUGCGACCACCACGGACGCCGACCGAGAAGUUUCGGAGUCUGUACCAGCGUCUCGCGCUGGUGGAGAACGUUCGAUCGGGACGUUACUACUACCGCGUCGCGCAUCUAGGAGCGAAGCGCUCACUGAGUGAUGAUGCGCACUACACGCGGAAGAAACUCUUCUCGGAAUUGUGGCAGGAGGCGGUGCAGCGAAUGGGCAGGGUGCGCAUGAAACGCUUCAUGACCGCGGGGGGAAGUGUGUACGGCCCGGAUGCGCAGAUGGAACACUUGUACCAGGAUGCGGUCGCAUGGGACGUAUUGGGAUCCCGAGAGGUUUUGUCGAAGAUCAAACACGACUACGUUAUUAAGGAGGACGCGAAGCUGUUGCGGCUGAGAAGUGGCAGAUUCGGAAAAAAUCAGCCCUUCUUGGUAAAGGAUGUUGCGGAAAGUACUGCUACUUCGCCAGGCGAAGAAGGUGCUGAAAUUUCGAAUAUGAGCGAUGACAUCGAGUUGGGCGGCAUUUACCCCGAUCCUUUCCUCGCGGGCGACAUCGUGCUGCUGAAGCGCGAUCUUUUGCACGAAACCGACUACGAGCGCUCUAGUGCGACGGAGUCAAAGCGUGACACGAGGACCACGACGUUGGCUGGCACGAGGUCCGGCGACCCCUACGAGCGGCUGAUCGACCAGAUUUUGUCCUCCUAUCCGCGGCAUCGCCCGCGCCUGCGCGUUCGAGACGGGAUCGUUUCGAAAAGAAAACUGAUUCGGGUGGAUUGCGUGGAUUCCAUGACGGGCGGCGUUCUCGGAGAGUACCGCCUGGACGUCAGCAGCAUUGUGCACGCGCAGCCGGAGAAAGAGCUCGGAAUGAAAGGGAGAAUCGUGUAUGAUGUGAAAAUGGAAAGUCCCUCUAGCGUGGCUGGACCCGAUGUUGUCUCAGGCAGCAAGGUCGGUCGCGUAAGCGCAGCGGAGCGCAGGCAGUCCAAAGCCUCCGCUUCGUCUCCUAGCAGCGGCGGCGACAUCCAGUAUCUGGUUCCGGCAGAAGCAGAACGCGACAUGGAGGAACUCACGACAGCUGGGUCGUCCAAUCUAAAGUCCGUGGCGUCGUCAAGAAAGUCGGCAGUGGCGAAGCGAAAGAGUUUGAAGAGUACCGAAAGUCGUGCUACUACCACGAACAUGAGAACAACGCGGAGGAGCAGGACGCAGACACAACAACUCGCUUUUGCGCCGCAGCAACGGGCAUCUGCGACGUUACCUCCAGGAAGAGAGCGAGAUGGUGCUCGGAGAGCCGCCUCCGCUGCAGACGCGGCUACUGAUUCGCUGCAGGCACGGCGGCUGCGGAAAAGCAACAAGGCGAAAACAACGCCGCUGUUCUUCCCCGAGCCUGUGGACGACAUGGAUCUGCCUCUUCGAAAGUCCUCCAUGGGGAGCACGUCGAUCGACGACUCCGCGGAAGACUUUCUGCAGUACGACGUGAAGCCGCUGCCAGGUCGGGAAGUGCAAGUGCCCCGCGUUUUGCUGCGCGACGUGGUUGUCGACUCCCAUGACCCGCGGUUCGACGACUUCCGGAUGCUGCGGCAGUUGGUGCAGGCGGGCUACCAGCUCGGUGUGCGGGGAACUACUUCGCACACGAAACGAAUGAAAACGGGCGCGCUCGGGGAGGACGAGGCGGCGUUUGCGGAGGCGUUCGAGAUGUUGAAGCGCGGAUCGUCUGCGUGGGAGGACAUGGACUACCUCUUCACGGAGAACCUCGCCCGGCACUCGCUACCCGGCGAGCACGAGAAGGACCGGAAAAGUGACCACCUGCUCGGCGGAGGAGGAAAUGGGGUGGACGAGGAUUUGUUCGUGAGUGUGUGGCCGGUGAAGCGACUGCUCGGGAACGAAGGCACGUUCUUUUCCACGAGCGACUUUGUUGCAGCGAGCACGCAAGACGUUGCGCGCGUCUUAGGAAAGCCGGGGGUGCGGGACUUUGUUGUGCACCGCGACUUUGUGGUCCCGGAGGUCUACGGGCCCGCCUUCCACGCGACGGCGCAACGCGACUUGCUGCGGGUCGUGCCACGAGAUGUCGUCGUCGCCACCAGUUUUGACAAGAACAUGCGAGUGUUACGCGAUUUGCACAAACACCCGCGGAGUUGUAUUCUACUGGUGCACGUGGCUGGGAAGGAUGAAAUGCUGGACCUGGAAGACGACCAGGCCGACGGUCUGCCGUCCAAGAGGAAAAAAACAGAGCAAAUCGACAUGACGCGCCUUUCGGUGUCGCACUUCCAAGAGUACGAGAAUCUCGGCCGGGCGAUGGCCACGAAGGCACAGGAGAACGAGGUGAUCGAGGCGGAACGCAGCCAAAGCAGCAGCGGAAGCGAAGCGGAGAUGAAAAGGGAAAGUGAAAGCUUGACUUACCGGUUGAUUCCACAAGCGGUUGUUGCACUGUUUGCGGAAGACGAGGGGGGGAAAAUGAGCAUGCAGGGCAAACCUGUCAUGGUGCCAUGCAACUACCUGCAACCGCAGUCGAAGUACAACAGGUUCGAUGAGCUGAGUCGGACGCGGGUGCUCGCGGAAGGUGCCGUGCAGGAGCGCUACGAUGAGGAGCUGCACGAAGAGUACCUGCCAGACCUGGUUCUCCUCAAGGCAAGCGCGUUCAUGGAUAACGAGCAGCAGCUGAUAGAGGCGCUGACGCCGCAACUGCAGACGCUGCUCGCCUUGGCGGCGGAGGGGUACGUGUUUCGCGUUUUGAGUUACGAUCCGCCUGCUGAAGCUGAGGCAGAGGACGCGGAGGAUGAGACAGAAGACCUCGGGCUACUUGCCACUGUCGGGGUGUACACGGAGGACGUCCUUGGAAGCGCGGACGCUGCGGGAUUGAGCUACGUGGUUCCACAAGAAGCGCUGGCGCACUUGAGUCCGGUUUUUGCGGUCGAUCGUCCGUGUGUCGCUGGGGAUCGCGUGCAGCUACGGCAGUACGAGAUUGGACAAAGUUUGGGAGCGGGCAGUGAAGCGGCUGCCAGUCGUGCGUCCAGCGAGCGCGCCACUUCGGAAACGACCGUCUGGGACGAUUUCGCAGCGGCGGAAAUCGUGGAGACAAAAAUGUACAGGGGCGAAAUCUGCUACUGCAAAGAUGUGUACAGCGCAGAUUGGAUCGGGGGCGGCACCCGAGCUGUCCUCUCGUUCUCCGGAGACGCUGGUGGCAGAACAAGUCGAAACAGCAGUAAUGACGAGGUCGAGCUUCCGCGAUCCUGGCUGGAGCCCCUUGAAAAAGUGGACGAGCGGCGUUUGUUGGACAAAAGUACCGCGGUCCAACUCCGCGACGUCCUGCACGGCAGGCGGUACCGGCACCGCAUCAAGUAUCUCAGGAAGCAACUCGAACUUGGUGCGGCGCUCUACGCUGUUCCCGUCGGCAUCGACGCCGACGUCGAUCUGGUCCCGACAGGGACCACGACAAAUCAAAGCGAUCUACGAGGAGGCUCGACCAGAACAACAGUCGUGGAAGUAUUAGGUGAAGAUGCAGAUGAAGUUUCAGAGGAAGAAACGGACCCGACUGUGGCAGCACUGGAGGGGAAAGUGGCGCGCGAGGAGGCAAAGGAGCGCGAUCCGAGGCAAGAUUUGAUUCGCAUUCCCAGUCCGCUUCUCCGCCUCCAGGUUUGGCGACGUGGGCUCUUUGUCCGGGAGUUGCGCAUUCCGGCCGCGUAUCUGUCACCUGUGUUGCUUGAUUCGACCACAGAUGACGCCGGUGCUGGGACAACCGGGCACGAGCUUGAGGCCACCUCGCAGGCGGGCGCGCUCGCAGAGCAGGUACGUAGCUCCAGGGAUUCCGCCGCAAUUCACGCAGUGAUCACGCAUGCUGCAGAGGGAAGCAUCCACCCAAGAAACGCACGUUCAUCACUGCAGCCGGGCGAGAUUGUGAUGUUGCACAGCCAUACGGGGCUGUGGCCUAAUCAGGAAGCGCAUCUGGCUGCUGCCGCAAAAGAGAUAAAGUCGGGGAUGUGCGAUCUGCGAUUUGUCGAGUCGGUGAGCAAGCACGCGGCCCUCGUUGCGCUUAUCGGUGCACACAAAGAAAAAGACAAGUAUUCGGUUGUCAAAUGCGUUCCCGUUCCGAAGGACGCAAUCGCCCCGGUGCUGGAGCAGUUUGAUCUGUUCUACCACAGCAACACCGUUCCCGCGAUGCAAAACGAACUCGUGCACGUGGAGACCCUGGGGGCGCCGAGAUUGGAUUUUGCGGGCAAGGCAAUUCUGGGUGGAGGCUUGGAGGACGUUGGUGAGCGGUCCCACCGGGUUUUGCUUCCGGGCGACGAGGUCCUCGUCCGGCCGGGCUUUGCGCUGGCAGAUCGCCUGCAAGCGCGGAUCCAGGACGGCAGCAGCUGCGUUGUGGCCCACAUUGCUUCCGGCGGUCACUGGUACCUUUUGAACACGACGCUCGCGCCAGUGUCUGUCGCGGUAGACCGAGGGUCGGCGUUGACCACUGGUUUCGAGCCAAAAGACGGAGAAGGAGAACUCAAUAGCGCGAAUGAAGAAGAGAAAAAGUCGAAUGCUUCUAGCACAUUGUUCCCGUCAACCGCGUCUGAGAGUGAACAGGAGACGACCGUGGACCGCGCGCUCGAGGAGCAGAGUUUUUUCUGGCUCCCCGCCCGCCACGUCGUCGUUCCCGCCACGCCGUUUCGUCUGGAGGGCGGCAUUGGCAAGCGCGUUGGGGUGCACGACGUCUGUGUCCCGGAUGCCUGGACGAGUGCGGUGCGGCGAGUGCAGACCGCUUCGUCCGCAACGCUGCUUGAAGUCGGCCCGGCCUUGGCCCAAAUCGGCGUUUUAUCCAGAAGCAGUGUCUAUGAGGUGGUCAGUUUACCUACAGUGUUCGUGGUUCUGGAGGAAGACCUAGUGAUGCAAGUUGCCUUACCGGAGAGCGCGGAGGAAGAGUCGGAAUUCGCUGCUCUGCAAAAACUGCUGGCGGCGUUCCCACACGGUCAGCGCGUUUACUUGAAGACUCCCUUGAUCGGCCGGGGGUGCGCGUCUUACACCGCACUCAUGGAGGCACUCGCUGCGAAGAACGAGAGCACCGCCAAGCACGAGUUGAAGAUAGGAACCGUGUCUGACCAUCGCGUCGGCGUCACGAUUGCCGGACAACAUCUUCACAACAAGAAGGAGUUUUUACUCCCAGUAUCCUGCCUGCACCUCCCACGCCCGUUGCACGCUCGACACGACGUGCAAUUCGAGAAGAAGCAGCGUGUCAGCGUCAAAGAUGUGGCUGGGCUGGAGGGUGACACAGAGUAUGUGAAGGUGCGCGAUUUCGUCAGAGAAGUUCCCCGGGCAAGAGUCGUUGUCCACAGCGAAGACACGCGUAAGGGACAUGCACAAGUGAUGCUUCUUGACGUAGAUGGGCUUCCCUUGGAUCGGGCGACCAUCCGGUCCGAUCUGCUAGAGGAUUUCCAUAAGGGAAUGAACGAGGGGACUCUGGCGUCGGCGCCAAACCUCAGAAAGAUUGUAGGAGCUACGGGAACUGCGCCAGCAAGUGCUAGUCGGAAAAGCAAGAGAAAAACGAAAGCUGCAGACGAAAACCAAGAUAGUGGCAAGAAGGUCCCGUGCUCGAUCCGACCAAUCGUUGUCUACGAAGGAUACCGAUCCGUGAUUGAUCGGCUGCGUGCGCUCGAAGCAAGGGGCGAUGAGCUCCUCAUGCCGGAGCGGGAAGUGAAAAAGAAGGCGGAUCGUGUCAUCGUUUUGGUGCAUCGGGAAGCGCCGCCGGCGGAUGAGAGCGACACCAGCGCGUUGCUUGCAAAUCCAUUAGUGUGCACAGAAGUUGUCCCUCGUGACUGCCUGCUGCCGCAUGUGGAGACUGCACUCGUAGAGGAACGAAAACCGGCCGCGCACUCCUUUUUCCUACCUGACACCGAGGUGUUUCUUCUUGGGCGCGCGCCGGAACUCGAUCCCGCGUGCCAGAAACUGUUUGACUUGUACUAUGCACCGGGGAGCGAUCCGUCGACGAAGGUAAAGCUUCUCGUGCGAGCACAGCAGGGGGCGAGUGUUUGCGUAGAGCCGGUGCUUGCGCGGCUGACAAAAGGUGCGCUUUUCCAAGGAGAAUCAGAACGCGAAAGACCGUUCGUGCUGCCGGCCGAGCUGUUGACCCAAGCGCAACCUAUUUUUGACUCGGUGGCUGCAGUAGCUGGAGAAGACGACGAGCACGAGAGGUACUUUGCCCCACUGACGGAGGUGCUAUUGCGAGACGUGCAAGUGAGUGCAAAGGAAUACCCGAGCGUACAGCUUAUCAGGCAGCACGUGGAGGAGCGCGGUGCGAUUUUGGUCAUCGCACAGUACCUGCACAGGGACGACUUCGUUACUGAUGAAAUGAUAGCACCCGACUUCUCGGUUGCGGACGGUUGCGCUCGCAUUGACGUUGCGGUGAUGCUGCCCGAGGUCUGGGAAGGGGCGCAGCACGCGGCGAAGCAAGAGAAUUUACAGGCUGCUGCUCUUGACGAGUACUACAGCCAGUUUUUCCAAAGCUCUUCCGAAGUCGCCAUGAUCUCUGCGCUACCUUCGGUGUUUCUUGUGCCCCGCCAGCACUUCCAUUUCCACCCCGAUGCGGCAGGCGCGAACUCGUUGCCUGUUGCUGGGGAAAUAGUGCGGAUCAGGUCCGUCGUGUUCCCCUGGGCCAGUAUGACGGAGGCUCACUACGAGCUGGUGUCGAGUCUUCGCGAUUUCAGCACUGAGAAGCUGUUGCUCCACAGUGUGGACACGAAGCUGGAGGAGGCGACGGUCUGGGUGCUUGACGCACAGGUCCCCGACCAGCACCCGGUGACCACGGUGAAUCUUCCAUUGUCUGCGCUUGAACCUGUGAUCACCGUGGAAAAUGUUGCGGCCUAUUCGUACCGGGAGAGCCAGUUGCAGCAGUGCCUGCAGUACCAGGCGUUCUUGGCCGAACGGGUAGAUCAGACACAGGAAUCACCAACGGUGAUGCAAAGCACCGCUCCCGCUGCUGCUGCACCACCGCAGCCAGCUGGCCACUACAGCAGAAGGGUCACGCAAAACAGCGCGCGAAGCCGAAAGCGCAGCAGUGUUGCCCGAGGCAGCAUUGUGAAUGGAACGUUGAACUUAGAUCCGAAUCGCCUUUUGCCUGUGAUCGAAGAGGAGCUUUCGGGCAGCAUACUGCAGGCGAUCGCACCCGAGGACAAACGCUUGCGACCGCUGACUCUGGAACGAAAAACGUUUUCGCCGUUGUCUCGCUACUACGUUGCACCGGGGGAUACUGUUCUGCUAACCAAGCAAGACACGAAAAACACGCAAGCGGAACCUUUGUUGCAGAAAGUGCGGCAAAUGAGCGUGAACCCGAACAACCGAACGAGGGUCCUAUCGUACAAGCCCGAUUUGGCGGAAAUUGCCGUCUCCCGCACGGGGAUCAGGAGAGCGAGCGUUUUAGACCACCAACACGCUGGAUUUCAGCAGCAAACCUUCCACGUGCCGGCGGUGGCCCUCGUUCCGCACAUUGAUCCGGAUGUCAAGAAGUGCAGAAUUGGUGACUACGUCCAUCUUCGUGACGUCUUUCUCGGGGCAGACGAACAUGUCACUGUUGCCGAACAAUUUGUGCAAGAUGAAGCGGCUGCGCAGAAAAAUACAGAGACGCCACACCGCCACUUGAUCCGCUUGUGCCAGGAUGUAGAGGAGAAAGACCCCUUGGAGAAACCGACGCUUGCGUGUGAACUUGUCGUUGCAGGGAUCCACGGCGGUGUUGAAUACAAAACAGUCCAGACAACCGUCCAUCUGCCGGUGCAAGUGCUAGCCCCGACGUUGCGGACGCCAGAAGUCGGCGAGACCGGGAUUCUCCGCUCUCUCGUCGUCUCCAGAUCCGCAGACGAUGCGGUGCGAUUGCUUCGUUCAAUGUUGCACUCCAUCAUCGGCUCGGUGUUGUUUGUCGCCCGGAAAUCCGCCGCGUAUGCGGAAGUUUGCGUCUUUGUGGGCGGAAAGAUUGUUGUGCCGCCCAGUGGAAGAUCAGCCGCCUCACGCAGCAGCCAGCGGCAAAGUGCUGCGGCUGAUCGCGGUUCUGGCAGUUCGGUAAUUGGCGAUUUCGGGAACGAGAAGGGAUUCUUGGUUGUACCUCUUCACGUCCUUGCUGCCGUCGAGUACAAGACCAUGUCUGAGCUCUGUGCCCCGCUGCGUCCGCGACUCCCGAAAUUAGAAUGGUUGCAGGAGGUUUUCCUCACCCUGCCGCAGAAGAACUUCACAGAGCCCCGCACCGACAUCGCCAGAACGCUCGCGUUGCUGGAAAAGGAGAACAGCCGCGAGCCGUUCGUGCUCCGCGUUCUUCGGUUGGCAAAGCGAAGCGAGUUUGCGAAGGUCAACGCGGACGACGAAACAGAAUUCGCGUGGGACGCCGAGGUCGUGGUGUCCAGGAGAAAGGGCCCUGCGGGCGAAGUUUUACAGUCCAAAAAGAUCAUCAUCCCGGCCGAGCGCCUGGAUCGUGCAUGGAUUUCGGCAAUCGACGUGCGACCAGGAGAAUUCGUCCAUAUCCGAGCCUGUGUGUUUUGCGAGAAGACGUUCCCCGAUGUUGCGGAAGCGCGGCAGGCGGUGCGGAAGGGUGCGCAAUUGCGCGUUUUGACGAGAAUGCCGGUUAUCGAGGACGACUCUGUGUUUCUCCUUCGCGUGGUGGCAGGCGAGCAAACGUUCUCGUUGCCGCAUUUCAGUGUCAUCCGUUGGGAUUCGGGUGCCGUUGACGAUGCCGACCUCUCUGCCCCGCUUCGGAUCCGCGCGAUUGAGGUUGACGACCGAUGGCAGAAGGAGGCGGAGAAGCUUUGGGCCAUUCGGUCAGGUGCGGACUACGGUGCGUUUACCGUCACCGUCGCACCAGACUGGAAAACGGACAAGGAGAUAGAGCGGAUAAGGACAUCGGGCGUGAAGCUGAAGAACUUUAAAAUGUCGACGAAGAAGCGUCACAAGAACCUAGCAACUUGGAAAAAGGACGUCGAGGCAGGUCGGUUGGUGCGAAUCUUGAUCAGAAGGAGGCUACCAGUAGAGGCCGACAUCGUGCAUUUGCAUAGAGGACAGCUGGCCGCGAAUCUGAAAGGUCAUCCCGCGAUAGACGCAAUCGAUGACGCACGACACAAGUACGCAGAAAACUCUCUGGAAAAACUUUUGCAACUACCGCGAGCGUAUUUGGAAGAGGACAAUGAGGCACCUACGCGACUCCUGCACGAUAUUCCCUCGCCGGAGACUUCUUCCAAAGCGGUCGUGUUACACCGUGAAGUGUUUCUUCCAGUCCGGCGCGACACCGACGAGGACGACACCGCGUGGAGUGAAUUUUCCGUCGAAGAAACAAAGGAACUACAAGCGGGUGAGAACACCGAUCGAACAGUACGGGGCACCGAGGAGGUAAGAAGUGUAAGUGCAGUUCUUUAUUCGCAGCUCUUUGCAUCGGUAUAGUUCGCUUCUUAGGGUUUUCUAGUAUGCAGAGGUUGUAGAAAAUGAAAGAGCGUUCUUAUCUAUCAGCUUACACAAACUAUGCACAGAGCACUGCUCCGGAAAAGGCUCUGACGAAAGCGUUAUUGGAAAAAAUUUCGCCUGUAACCGGCGACUCCGGCCUGCAGCGCACCGCUGUGGAGCGUGGCAGAGCGCUACUCGAGGAUGUGCACAUGAAGCAUUUUGACGCACUGCGAACGGCUGAUCGAGGUGCUGCUGGGAGACUCCGCACGAAAUUCAGGCAGAAUAUUCAGGAGGAGGUCGAGCGAGUCGAGAGCCAGCUGUCCGGUUUAAAGCAGCUCACGAACCAGAUCAAGGGCGCUCGGGCAAUUGCACAGAUGAAACGAGAAGAGCAGCGUAAAGCCGACGCAAUACAGCGCGGGCUCGUGGGGCGAGCGUACAUAUUUCACUUGGACAGUUGCCAUAGCUGCUUUAGCUUUUUCCCUCCUCGCCUCUUACUCUGAUGACUAGUUCUGUCGCAAAUCAUGCCAGUUCCAGUAGCAUAAGUUGCAAGCCUGAUACAAAUCUUCCCAACAGUUACGUUCCCGCUUCUGACAUCUACUCCGUCGGCGCUGCAUUUUCGGUAAUCGAAUCCGACGAGGACGACAAUAGGGCGAACGAGCCGAAGCCAAGCUUUCUGCAGUCCAUGGGAGGCCAAGGAGCGUCCGUGCGCCUUUCAAGUAUACGCUCGGAAGGGUCUACGAAUGCGCAACAGGCUCCCGUGUUUGAUUUGUUCCAGGCCCGGCACGAGGCUGCCACGGGCAAGCGAGGUGGAGGUCCACCAGAUGCGUUUUCGACGAAGGGCGGUUUUCUCGGCCCGAUGCCGGUUGACGACGUGCUUGGUAGCGGGAUUUCUGUGAACAGUUUCGAACCUCGAAUCGACCCGGACCGCCAGUCUGACAUAAAUCGAAGGGGCGAGUCCGAUGUGUUGUCGUCGUCAGUUGCCUCCGAAGCGCAGCUAGAACUCGACAUGAACUUCCUGCCGAAGCAAAACGUGUUCGUUGCGGACUACAGGAAAGUGGGUCGCAGGGAGUUAGGGAAAGCGAAGGUGCCGCGGACAAGCAUAGCGGAGCGGCAAAGAGGAAAUCAAGAUUCUCGAUACGUCGAGUUCAUGCGCUUGAUUGGAGAUGACUAAAUGCAUUCGAGGUAUAGAUGAAUGUGCGUGUGCUGGUUAUGUAACAAUCCUGUGGUGUUUUGUUGUACCCUGCUCAUGCUCUUGGAUUUGCUGUUGCUCUGCUCCGUUUGACGAUGUUUGCGAAAGUCCGAACUCAGCUCUGAUUUGGCUUUUUUUCAAUCUACUUUUGAUGAUUUCAUGUAGUAAUUCCAAGAAUGCUUUAGAGAUGGAGAAUAGACCGACUCGGACUCCACUAGGUCUGAAGACCUCGCUCUUGCAGAACUGUUAAUCGUAAAUCUCAGCGUCAGACGCUUCUUUCUUUCUUUCAAUUUUACACUUGGCAAACUUCCAACGAGGUAAACAAAUCCGAGAACUAAAAGCAUGGUUUUGGUGAAGAUGAGAUGAAGUAUGUGUGAC